AUGGAGUUCAAGUGUUUUCAGAUUAUUUUAGUUCUAUUGAUAUUUAAUUAUCGCGAUGGGUCAGAUUUUGCUAUCACUGAUCAACAGCAUACUAUAUCGCAAACCCCUAAUGGCGGAAAAGUGAAAAGAUGUAAAUCUCGUGUAUUGUAUUAUGCUAACCAUUGUGCCACGCAACAACUUGUAAUGAGUGGCGAUGUUGAAAGCAAUCCUGGUCCCGCACUCCAACGCGGAUUGAAAGCUCCAUCUUGUUCAAUCUGUGAGAAAUGUGUUAAAUGCAAUCAAAGACGAUUCAUUUGUGAUACAUGCUGGGAAACCACUCACGCUGCUUGUUUGAACCAAUCAAAUUUAGUACUCAAUGGUAGAAUUCCGAAAUAUUGGACCUGUUCAGAUUGCCAUUUUACUGUGCUUCCCUUUUCGAAUGUACGUGAUGUUUGCGCAUUGUACUCAUCUAUUCUGAGUGAUGGUGGUGAAUACGAGGAAUUAAUAACCAUACCAAGCAAUCCAAAACAUACGAAAAUUUGCCAUCUAAAUACGCAAUCCUUACCGAGCACAUUUGACGAGUUCUCAUACAUGCUCGAAUGUCAUAAAUUUGACAUAAUCACGUUGUCCGAGACAUGGUUAAAAAAUAAUCAGGUAUUGAUUGAUUAUGUAAACAUUCCAGGAUACCAAUUUGAAUAUAAAAACAGAACUGAUAAACGAGGAGGUGGUGUUGGAAUGUACAUCAAGGACGAACUUAUUUACAAAACUAGAGACGACAUAACCAAACUCGACAAUUCUAUCGAACAUGUCUGGAUCGAAGUGAAAGGUAGAAAUAAAAAUUACUCAUAUCUAGUUGGAACAUUUUAUCAGCCAUCUUCUAUAGAAAGAGAAAAAAAAGAUUGGCUAGAACGAUUUGAUAUUCUUUUGCGUCACAUCACCGCAAAAUGGGACGGUAUUAUCAUAAUUACAGGUGACUUCAAUAUCGACUUAUUACAAGGUGAUAAAUCCACAAUCGAAUUAUAUCAAGAUACACUUAUGACUUAUGACCUAAAACAACAUAUUACAAAACCAACCCGAAAAUCGACAUCCCUUAUUGAUCAUGUUAUUAGUAAUAUACCGGAAAAGGUAGUUAGUGAGAACGUUUUAUUGUGCGAUGAAAUUUCUGACCAUGAUGCCCCGCAUAUCGUUAUGAAUAUCAAAAAGGAUAAAUUCGAAAAACGAUACAAAUUUAUACGUGACGAGAAGCAGUUGAACAUCGAUGAAUAUAUUAGUGAUAUCGAGAAGAUUCCUUUUUCCUUGAUAGAUACUUUUGAUGAUCCGGAAGAUCAACUGUAUGUUAUGAAUGAACUCAUACUGUCCUGCAUUAAUAGCCAUGCUCCUUUGAAAAGGUGUAAAUUUACACGACCACCAGCUCCCUGGAUGAAGGACCCAUCCAUUGUAUCGUCGAAACUGAAACUUGAUGAACUUCGUAGUGAAUUAAAAUCUUGUGAUGACAGAGAGGCUAAACAUGAGUAUGUUGAAACGAGAAAUAAAUUGAAGAAGGCUAUCAAACACUCUAGAAGAACCUUCUAUCAAAAGGCUUUAUCAAGUAACCGUUCAAAGGAAGUAUGGAAAACCAUAAGAACUAUUAUUAAACCACAGUUCAAACAAAUCAGGCAGAAUCCCGAUACCAUCAAUGAUUAUUUCAAUUCCAUUGCAAUAAAGUUAAGCAAUACAAAUGAGUUAAACAUUUCUCCCACCAUGAAUGAUGAGGCUGAUGUUCUCAAACAUUUGAAUUCAUUGAGAAGUGAUUGCUCUACUGGUGGUGAUAAUAUAACAGCGAAAUUCAUAAAACCAGUCGCAGCCCAAUUGUCGCCAGUCCUAACAAAGAUUUUGAAUAACUGCAUCGAUGCAAACGUAUUUCCAACAUGCUGGAAGAAAUCACGUAUCUGUCCGGUACCUAAAGUUCCAGGUGCUUCACAACUAGAAGAUUUUCGUCCAAUAUCAAUACUUCCUGUACUGUCGAAAGUAUAUGAGAAAGUCAUUUUAUCACAGCUUUGUGACUUCAUUGAUAGAUAUAACAUUUACGCUUCAACUCAAUCUGGUUUUCGCAAAGGUCACUCGUGCAUCAAGAUACUCUUAAAAUUAAAGGACGACAUUUUGAAGGCUAUGCAAAGAGGUGAAGUAACUUUAUCAGUGUCAGCAGAUUACUCCAAAGCAUUUGAUACUGUGAAAUAUGACGUUCUGAUUAAUAAGUUGAAGAAACUCCAAAUGUCUCCUGCAUUCAUCAAUUUGAUCUCUAACUAUUUGUCAAAUCGCCAGCAGUUUGUGCAAAUUGAUGACAAAAAAUCGGACACCUUGCUGAUCAAAUACGGUGUUCCUCAGGGAUCUAUUCUUGGUCCGAUCUUGUUCAACAUCUAUGUCUCUGACCUAUCGUUGAAUUCGUCGUGUAAUUCUAUCCAGUACGCAGAUGACACAAAUCUUUACAUACACUUCAAACUAAAAGAAAUGGAUAUCGCAACAGCAAAGCUUCAAAGUGACAUUAACCAAAUAACAACAUGGUCAAAAAUAAACAAUCUGAUGUUUAAUUCCAUAAAGACAAAAUCAAUUAUGUACUCGACAAGCCAGUUAAGCUGUAUAAACAAUUUAAACUUCAGUAACUUAUUCAAAUUCCAUAGUAAUGGUGCUGAGAUUGAGCGGGUAUCCUCUCUCAAAAUACUGGGCAUAACAUUCGAUGAACAUAUGACGUGGUCUACACAUGUGAAUAACAUCAUUAGAUCAUCAUACGCUACGAUUUCGACAUUAAAGCGAUUGAAACGUUUGGCACCUUUUCACGUGAGAAAGAAUCUCGCUGAAGCACUGAUAUUAUCAAAGAUAGACUACGGAAAUCUUGUCUAUAAUAAUAUUCCACAAUAUCAAAUGAAAAGGUUACAAAGAGUUCUAAAUGUCGCUGCCAGCUUUGUUCUUCAGAGAUAUGCUUCCACUAACGAUGUGUUAGUAAUACUGAAAUGGCUGCCAGUGCAAGAGCGUGUAAAUUUAUCGAUACUAAAACUGGCACACAAGGUGUUGUAUGACGAAUGCUCACCUGAAUACCUUACACUGAAAUGGUACAAAAAUGGUCGAGGCCUGCGAUCUGAUACAGAAAACAAAAAUAAACUACAAAGCGACAUUCCGAAAAACUUAGGCACCUUUGAGCGUCAGUGGUUUGAAGAUAUAUCGAAGAGAGAGGACUAUAGCAUGGGUAGCUCCAUGGAUGACAAUGUGGAGAAGUUGGUUGGAAAUCACGUUGCUCUUGUGGGGCCAAUGCAUGACAGUUAUUUGCUUAAGGUGGGUGAUAGCAUAAUAGCAAAAUUGACUGGAUUGGCAGUAGCUGUCAAUUUGUUCAUUCCAUGA